AUGGAAACAAUCACAAUGGCGUUGUUCUCCCCGCCAAUCUCUUCUCCAUCUCUUCAAAAUUCCAAUUUCAUCCCAAAGUUCUCAUUCUCUCUCCUCUCCUCGAAGCGCUUCUCUCUCCUCUCCGUCACCCGAGCUUACUCAUCCUCUUCCUCUGACAGUGGGAUAACCUCUCCCGCGGUUACUGAGCCUGUAGCGGUGAUAGUGAAAGAAGCUCCGUCUUCAACACCGGCGGUUAAGAAAGAAGAAACCGCCGCCGCCGGAAAUGUCGCCGUCGAAGGUGAAGAGAUGAAGACGACGGAGACGCUUAUCAAAUUCGAGGAUGCGAGAUGGAGAUAUCACUUACCCGAAGCUGAGCUCCUUAAUGGACGUGCUGCGAUGAUAGGAUUCUUCAUGGCUUACUUUGUUGAUAGCCUUACCGGAGUAGGACUUGUUGACCAAAUGGGGAACUUCUUCUGCAAAACACUCUUGUUCGUCGCUGUUGCUGGAGUUCUCUUCAUCCGCAAGAACGAGGAUGUGGACAAACUCAAGAAACUGUUCGAUGAGACGACAUUGUAUGACAAACAAUGGCAAGCAGCUUGGAAAGAUGGUGAGGACUCAUCAUCAGAAUUGGGUUCAAAGAAGUGA